AUGGUGAGUGCAGGUAUAAGAACUUCAAAUACAUACUCAUAUUUAGCAGAAGAAGUAUGCGGAUCUCAAAAUGUUGGAUUUACAAAGAUAGAUUGCUACAAUUUUGUCAGUAGGGAAAAAAUGAAUCUACUUGAAGCAGGCGAUGCUCAAAGCUUGAUCAAUCUUUUCAAGCACAAGCAAGUUGAAGAUCCAAUGUUCUUUUACACAGUGCAAGUAGAUCAAGAAAACCGAAUGACAAACUUUUUUUGGAGGGAUGGAAGGUCCAGACUUGAUUAUGAGUGUUUUGGGGACGUGAUCGUAUGUGAUACUACAUAUCGAACCAACAGGUACAACAUGAUUUGCGCUCCUUUUGUAGGGGUUAACCAUCAUUGGCAUAAUGUGUUGUUUGGCUGUGCUUUUUUGUUGGAUGAAAAGAUUCCUACAUUUCGGUGGUUGUUUGAGACAUUCUUAGAAUCCAUGGGAAAUCGAAAACCUGUAACCAUUUAUACUGAUCAAUGUCAUGCAAUGGCAAAUGCCAUCUCCACAGUUUUUCUUGGGACAUGUCAUCGUUUAUGCACAUGGCACAUAUCAAGAAAUGCAACACUGAAGUUGGCAAGUUAUUAUGCCAUUCCGGAGUUUAAGAGGUUAUUCAACAAGUGUCUUGAAGGAGGUGAGACAGAGUCUGAAUUUGAGUAUACUUGGAAUGAAAUGAUUUCAAAGUUUGACCUUGCAGAUAACACAUGGCUUAAGACCUUAUAUCAGAUUCGUGAAAAGUGGUGUCCAGUGUUUAGCCUAGAUACUUUCACUGUCAGGAUCAAAGCUUCUCAAAGAAGUGAGAGUAUGAAUAAUGUUUUUCAUCAUAUGUGUACUAAAACAAUGAGGCUUACUGAAUUUGUGCAUCAUUAUGAUAAACAAACAAAUGGUAUGAGGUCACGAGAGUUGGAAGAAACUUUUCGAUGCAAUCAGGGAUUACCUUCCAGAGCUGCCAAAAAAAGUGGACUUCUGCUUCAUGCUGCUAAUGUCUACACGAGAAAAUUUUUUAAAUUAUUUGAGACUGAGGUUAUUGAUAGUUUAGCGGUAAGAAUGCGUCAAACUGGAAGUGAUGGAACACUCCAAACUUUUGAGCUUAAUGAGGAGGGUCGCAAAAGAGUGCAUGUUGUCCAAUUUAACUCUUUAAAUUUCAAUGUCUUAUGCAGUUGCAAGAUGUUUGAAUCCAUGGGUUUAUUAUGUCGUCAUGCUCUAAGGGUGUUGAAUGUAAAAGAGGUUACUGAGAUACCAUCUCAGUACAUAUUGAAGCGGUGGACAAAAGAAGCAAAGAAAGGAUGGGAUGCAAAUGAGCAUGGAGAAUCUUUACAAGUAAGUGAUAAAUCAUCAGUGACUUUGCGUCGGAAUAGUUUGAUGCGAAUGGCUUAUGAUAUAUUGAGUAAGGGAGCGGAGACAGAUAACACUCAUAGAAUUGCAAUGCAAAAAUUGAAAGAAAUGGAAGAAUUGAUUGAAAAAUAUAUGCUGAAGUCUAAAACAGUUGGAACUUCUAAUGAAGAAAGCAAUGGAGUUCUGAAUGAUAAUACUCUUGUGGACACACAUAGAGUUAGCGGUUCGUAUGAUGAGACACCAGUGUUAGAUCCCUCAUGUGUGAGGCCAAAAGGGAUAAGUAACGCCAGAUUAAAGCCUAGUUUUGAGAAACGAAAGAAGAAGACAUCACUCUCAAAAAAAAUUAAACAACCAAGAAAAGGAGGUUCUUCACAAACCUCACUUCAUGCACCCAAUUAUUUAAGUAUGACUAUGCCAACAACGAAUGGCCGUUUUCCUUCAUCCAAUCAGGAUUCCAAUUUUAGUUGGUCAUUUAGUCAACCAAAUGUUUCCUUCACCAAUAUGCUUCAGGAUCAAAAUUAUUUGGCACAUUUGAAUCAAGAUUUCUUUUCCACUGGUUUUGAACAACAUCAGGAUCCAAAGGAAUAA